AUGUUUACGGAUGGAAUGAAGGAGUCCAACCAUGAAAUGAUAGACCUGAAAGAUAAAAGCAUUUCACCAGACUUUUUGAAGAUUAUAAUGGACUGCAUCUACAGUGGGGAUUUUCAAGUCAACAAAGAUAACGUGUUUGAAGUUCUUGCAGCAGCAGAUCAUCUCCAAGUGACGACUGUUGUUCAACAGUGUUGCGAUUUCUUGCUGACCGAGUUUGUUAAGCUUCACUUUGAUUUUGAAACUUACUCUCGUAUCUGCGAAAUUGCUCACAGCCAUGCCCUUAAAGAUCUACAAGAGGCUACUGAGAUUGAAAUGGCUAAGAAGUAUAAAGAUGUCUGCGAAAGCAAAGAAUUUUUGGCUCAUAUCGACGGAGAUCAGUUGCUCAGCCUUCUCAGCCGAGAUGACCUCAGUUCACCGUCCGAGACGUUCAUCUUUAAAUCAGUGAUGCAGUGGAUUAAACAUAGCAAGGAAGAGAGGAUGGCAGUUGCAGCAAAAGUUAUUGGAGCUGUUCGUCUGGGACUCGUGAAUAUCAGAGAGGUAGUAGCCGAGCUCAACACGCAAGAUAUGCGAAUGAUUCCAGAGAUAAAUACGCUUUUGCUUGAGUCACUCCUGUACAGCGUCGAGCCUUCGAGCAGCUCCGAGUUUGGUACAAACAAAACAAGAUCGAGGUCCAUGAAAUCG